UGGAUAGCGCGGGAUAUCAGCUAUUUGGCAUAAGAUAUCUAACGGAAUUAAUGUGACGUGCGUGCGUGAAUUAAUUUAAAAAAAUAUAAAAAAUAUUUAAAAAAAUCUACCGACGCUCCGCAUUAACGUUAAUAAAUAUUCUUUGAUCCAUCCAUAGGCAUCGUUACAAAAAAUUAAAGAUGUUCUUUCAUCCAGUACUACUACAUAUCCAGCAUAAAUCACAAUUAGGGUUGGCAUGGAAGGCUGCCACGAUGGGAAUAAAAAAAGUAAAAAGUUCGGAAGUUAGAGCGUGUAAAAUAACUGAAAUGUGCAAUUUUAUAAUGGAGUUUCUUACCAGCAAUUCCCGUGAUCCUAAGAAAAGGAUGUCAUUACGUCUGACUAUAAUGCUGGUAAAUGGGACUGUACUGAUCUGGAGGCAGCAGCUAGUAUUAUUGGAAGGAGAUAUAAUGAACGCAAUUUAUACACGAGAAAGGGCCGUUGAUCGGCAGUAUGCCUUAUUACAUGAGGACGACGAUGACUCCACGCCCAAACCAAAAGAGAAAAAAAAGAAACCGAAAAAAACUAAAACCUCGGAGACUCCCGAAUUUAUGGCCGAAGAAAAGAAGAAAAGGGCACAGGAAAAAGCAGAAGCCGAGUUUCUUCUCGAACCACUGAAACUCCCCGAAAUUUUGGAGGAAAAUGUUAUUCAAGCUCGUGUGGAUGAAAUUACCCUUCGUGAAGAUGUUCCAUUACAACAGAAAUUAAUGGACGACUUUGGAGACGAGUUCAUGUUGCAGCCUGAAAUUGAAAGAAUGGCUGUGCAAUCUAUGCACCAAAUCACAGUACAGGCUGAUAUUCAUGUUCCGCCACGUGAUAAAACGAUGGAGGUUGAAUUUGCUGUACCUGCAAUUGAAAUAGGUGUUCCUGCGGAAAUCCCACCACCUGCUCAGCCUAUGGAGGAAAUAGUUAUGGACAUCCAACCAUUAAUGCGUAUAGAAGAGCCCGUAGUGGCGCCAGCUGUAAUUGAAGAAGAACCGCCUAUAGUCAAAGAAAUUAAAACUGCAGCCCAAAAAAUUGCCCAAGAGGAAGAACAACCGUUAGAAGCUACUAAGGCACCAGAGUUACCACAGAUUCAGCCGGUGAAGACUGCAAAGCUACUCAGUGAUAUUCUACGCAUAAAGCACACUAAGAAGAAAAGUGUGUAUAUCGAUAAAGCAUUGGAAUUAUGCCCCGAAGAUGACUUUAGUGAGGCCAUCUCUCAAUUUAUAUUGCCUCCAUUCCGACCAAUGGAGAAAUUUUGGCCCGAUUUGGAGUACGAACACGCACCACUUGCUAGAGAGAAAGAAGGAGAGAUGCAUAUACCAAGAAGAACUGGUACAAAAGGAUCAUCCCUAUUGAGCAGCCUUCGUAGAGACACAACCAGUACUGGAUCCGUUUUAACCGAACGUUCAUCAUCUAUUCAAAAAGUCAUAAUAUCGCCGCUUAAAAGACCAAUUGAAAGGGAUGAAACACACAUUGUAGAACUGCCACCCGCUGCCAAUCAACAUGUGGUCGAAUCACCAUUGAAGCACAAAAUUACUACUGUAGACGAAGCUAAAAAACGCCGAGAGAAAGAGCCAGAGCAGGAAAUUCCGAUGGAGCAAGAGAUUAUUAUUCCCGUUAUGGAGCCAAUACUUCCGAAAAUUGAUCAACCCCAACAAAAAUCAAAAGACGCUCUACAGUACCCGUCGACAGAGGAUAUUAAGUUUGGAGAUAAAUGGUCAAAUGAAGUGCUGAAAAUUAUUAGAAAACAAGAGAAAGUAACACCGGAGCAAAUUUGCAAAUCUUUAGGCAAACGACUCAUAAAACGAAACAUGGCGGUUCUUUUUGCCACUUUGUUAGCAUUGGCAAAAGAAAGAUUGGUGUGUUUGCUAGCUGCGCCCAACUCAAUUGAAUUAGAGUAUGUCCAACCAAAUCAUGUAGUUUCAGUUUAAGAUAUUCAAUUUUUUUUAAAUUUAUGUCAGUGAAGUGAUGUUGACCUUAGUAUUAAAUACUAAAAUUUAGAAAACAUGUUAAUUUUCAGAAAUUUCAGUUCCUAGAACAAAUAAUUAUGUAUUUUUUUAGUUUUAAAGUUUACAUUAAAUGCAAUAAAAUAUUUAGAAAAAAAAA